AUGAAUAACAACACAACAAGACUUACAUGUAGUACUUAUGAGUAUGCAUAUACCAUUGCGUAUAGCAGAGCAUUGAUGUGUGGUUAUAUAGCCAUAUUCAUCCUUGGAUGUUUUUUCAACAUCACUGCUGUUCUAGUAGUAAUAGUCAUGAAAACAAUACGACGUUCUAUUCAUCUUUACACGACAAAUUUAGCCAUAUCAGACAGCGUUUUCCUAGUGGUAUGUUCUGUCUUUGAUUUUGUUAUCAUAUUUAACUACGAUUGCUGGAUAUUCUCAGAAUCUCUAGCAAAGUUUUGGAUGGCGUGUAUAUAUUUUUUUAAAUUAUCUGCUACGUUGACUCUCUGUGCUUUGAGCAUUGACAGAUACAGAGCGCUACUCCACCCUCUUGCGGUGCACGUGGAAAGUCAUAAAAAGGCAAAGCGUGCUGUCAUAGCAGUGUGGAUAUUCUCUUUUAUUUUAUCUGUGCCAAGAUUCUUGACCAGUUCAUUGAAAAUAUCCGACACAAACAUAAGACAUAUUCAGAUAAUAUACCCUGCCAAAGCGUUCGAAUUAGUGUAUGUUUUACUAAAUGUUUUUUUACAAAUCAUCGCUCCGUUGUGUUUGGUUUUUGUGUUGAAUAUGCUUAUGCUCUAUUCCAUGCUGAAAAGAAAAAAGUUAUUACGUUCGAUGACGCGGGAGUAUAAUUCAAUAUCGAACACACGUGUCGUAAGAAUGAUUUCCAAACUUAUCGUGGUCUACUUAAUUUGUACGUGUUUUCCACAGAUCUUAAUUAUGUUAAAGAGCAUUGGCUAUCUGAGAGCAUCCUAUGAAGUUAGUGUGUUGAUCAGUACAAUACCGCGUUUCUUAUUCACCUUCCAAGCCAUGGUAAAUCCUUUAAUUUACGGUACAAUUACCGAUGGUUAUAGACGAAAGGUUUUACUCGCCCUUAGGAUUAUUCUACGGCGAAUCCAAAAGCGACUUCAUAUCCAGGGUGUGGAUAAGAAUGGUAAAAAUCAUUAUGGACAAAGUUCGCGACGCGAGAUGUCGAGUAGUGCCAACACAAUCACAGAAGAUCUAUAAUUUUAAUUUGCUGUUAUAAUUUUAUUUAUAUUAAUCUGCCUUUCUGCAUCUUAACUUCUGCUACAGCACCAAAGAUUAAUCGUUUGACCGUGGAAAAUUUUGCGGCUUUUCCCGUUGUACAUAUUCUGGUUAGCAGAUUUUCGCCCGACGUACAUCCCUUGCAUCGCUUUUUUGUUCAUUCUUAGUAUGCGAGAAAACAAAGAUUAGUCGGUAGUAAGUGGUAAGGCAAAAUUUUGGGUAUUUUGUGCGUUAAAAUUGGACAUGUUCUACUUGUACUAAUAUGCAGAUGUUUGUGUCAAAAUGUAAAAUAAAUUUAUUUUGAAAUUUGGAAUAAACGAGUGACAGUGAAAAUUGCAAAUAUAUUGAAUUAAAAAUCAGAAAAAGUAGAAUUGAUGUGUUUUUUUUAUAUUAGAUAUUAGCCAAGGACAGCAUCAACUAAGAACUUAAGUUUUCCAAACAUUUUGUUAUUCUUAAAAUUUGUAUAGAAAUAUAUUUAUCUUGCUGGCCAUUUUAUUUGUUCUACCGUGACGUAGGUCUAUUUAGGUUCGACUCUAAUAAACAAUUUUUCUACUGAUUCGCUUCUUACCAUUUGUUUUAAUUAUACUGAAAAACAGUAGUGAAUGUGAUAAUUUAUUUACAAGAGCAGAAUAAAAAGAUAAUAGUAGAAAUUUGUCUGGGUGAUAACAGAUGUGUACAAUCAGAAAUUAAGAUAACACGUUCGCCAGCCCUUUCGUUAAUAGCAAUAACACA